UACGUUUGUUGCUGCAGGGCUUUUGCGUUGAAGACGUGACAAAGUCGUCUCCUAAUUCACAGACUUUUGUCUUGACUAUUCAGAUGGCGGAAUGGAGUGGUGGAGGCAGGCGUUUUAUAUGGUUGUUGUCUAUGCUAUUGCAAUAUUUGCGACCAUUCGUCAGCUUCUGAGAGGCAACAAAAAGCCCGAAGAUAUUUCAAGGCAUGAUGGACAGGUUGCCAUAGUAACUGGAGGAGCCUCAGGUAUUGGUUUAGAAACUGCCAAAGUAUUAUGCAAGAAAGGAGUACAAGUAGUGCUUGGUACCCCUCAGAGUAAAAAAGCACGGAAGGCUAUUGAGGCAAUAAAAAAGGAUAAUGCCUUGGCUCGCGUUGAGUGGAUACCACUUGAUUUGUCUUCCCUUCAGUCAGUGCGUGACUUUGCUGAAAGUUUUCUUGAUAAGAAACUACCUCUACAUAUUUUAGUUAAUAAUGCUGGAAUCAUGGCGACACCAUAUUGCAAGACAGCAGAUGAUUUUGAAAUGCAGUUUCAGGUCAACUACCUCGGCCAUUACCUCUUGACUAGACUCCUCUUAGAUAAACUCCACACCUCAGCUCAUUCUAGGAGUUACGCAAGGAUCAUUAAUGUUUCUUCCAUUGCUCAUUUUGGGGGAUGGAUGGAUGCUUCACAUAUGCCAAAAAUCAUGCCAAAGAAAGAGUAUUCCCCUUACAAGGCCUACGCCGACAGCAAACUAGCCGUAGUCUUAGGCACCCAAGAGCUCCAGCGUCGUAUCUACCGAGCUAGCCGUCGGGUAACCGUCAACAGCCUUCAUCCUGGAGUCGUUGGAACACAACUCUAUCAGAACCUUCAUCCGAUCAUGCAGAUGGCAAAGAUUAUUUUUUCUCAGCUUGGUCUGAUUUGGACCAGUAAAAAAGGCAGCGCCACGUCGAUAUAUGCUGCUUUAUCGGACGAGAUGGAAGGUGUUGGAGGUUGCUACCUUGAUAACUGUGGCUCUGUUGCAUCCAGCAGCCUCUCCUAUGACAGGAAGUUACAGGUCGCCCUGUGGAAGGAAUCCUGUGAGUGGUGCAGGCUUCCUGUUGAUAUCACCAGCCACAGGACAUUGAAGGAGAUGAACAACCAGCAGCAGCAGCAGAAUGGUAGGACAAGGAUGGGGUCACAGUGACUCCAACCUUUCAUUAAAUAUACCUCUACAGGUGGUACCCACAGGACACCUCCACAGGGUCUAAAUCCUUGUGGCAGUUUCAUUGUGGUGUCAUGGAACCAUUCUAAAAAGAUAACAAUCAAUUAAACAAAUGGGAAGAAUGGUGUUUGUGAUUUCAGGACAGCAGAACAAUAGCAGACCUGCCGACCAGUAAGUUUUAGGCGUAUUUAGUACGUUUUUGCAACCAAAAUUUGUUUGUAAAAAAUACAAAAUCGUAAUUUAU